AUGCAUCCCCUUGUCGAUGCUAGAGUCGAACCGAUUCCUGCUCACGAAAACGAAAACGCCAUUGUGACGAGCCUUUACACAGAUGCGUUCGCGCCUGCGGUUGCCACGCUAGGACACACACUUAAUAGUAUAAACAGCACCGCACGACGCAUCAUGAUCUAUCUUCCGGACAAGGUCUCCCGGCGCGCUGUCUGUAUUGCGUCUGUGAGCGGGUUUGUGCCGCAUCCGGUUGCACGCAUCCCGCCUCCACAUAGCGGUGUACACCGACACUUUCUCGAUCAAUACUCGAAGCUGCAGCUCUGGACGCUCGACAGUAUCGGGGUCAAGAGCCUCGUCUACGUCGACGCGGACAUGCUCGCGUACCACAAUUUCGACGAGCUCUUUUCGCUACCAUACAGUUUCGGUGCGGUGCCCGACGUCUAUCUUGACGGACGCGGAUAUAGCGUUGGGUUCAACGCAGGCAUGUUAUUUUUGCGGCCGUCGACGGAGGUAUUUCAGGACAUGGUAUCUAAGAUCGCGACGGCGCGGUAUCCAGCGGAGGACGCCGAGCAGUCCUUCCUGAACCAUUACUACGGCAAAGAGGCCGUGCGGCUUCCGUACGCGUACAAUGCGAAUCUUGCGAUCAAGAAGCGAUCCCCGGAGUUGUGGGCGGACCUGCGGAAGGAGGCACGUCUUGUGCACUAUACCCUCGUGAAGCCGUUCCUCCAGGGCGAUUAUGCGGAGGUGCCGCUCGAGAUGAUGCACAAGAAUGCCCAAAGCAAGAUGCGGGUGCAUGGUGGGGUGCUGAGAGAGGAAGUCGCCGAGUGGGAGGAGUCCUGGAGUGAGACGGAGGCAAUGUACGGUGAUGGCUUCGCCACCUGUCAUCUCUCAUCAUGA